AUGACUUCAAAAAGGAACAGAAAUAUUGCGAAAUUGCCCCAAACACCUUUGGCAUUUUACAUAAAAUUGUAUUGUGAUCGAAAAAGUGCCACAAAAUGCAGGUAUAAGAACAAUUUAAUAGAAGCAACAAAGUCAUACCUGUCUCUCACUGAGUCAGAAAAGCAAAAGUUUGCCAAAAAGCUUGAGGAAUGUAAAGAUAAAAACAAAUCACGAUUUUUUGAACAGUUGAAAAGUGCAAAGCCUUACUUAAAAGUCAAGAAAGUUAGUUUAGAAAAUAUUGAUUCUACUAUAAACAAUACUGACAACAGAGGGUCUGAAGAAGAAUUAUCCAAUUGUAGUUAUAAAAGAAGACUAAGUGUGACUCCACCAUUAGAAACAAAUUGUAAAAUUAAUAUUAGUAAUCAAAGAAUCAACUCUGAAGAACCUACAAUAAAUUUUAGUGAAUUGGAACAAGAUCAAAAUAUACUAGAAGCAGAUCCAGAAAAUGAUGAACUACAAUCACAGUCAUUGAUUGAACCAAUACCACCUUCCAUAAAGACUGGCCAUCAAUUGUUUUACUUGUUAAACGCACCAGAAGAAGGUGGCAAUGUUUCUUGGACGUCAUUACCACAGUUCGAGAAAAAUCGAUACAGUCGCGCCGUGUCCUUAUUGAAAAAAGAUUAUAUUUCUAAAUAUAAGGAAUAUUUAGAAAGUUUGAGCUCAAAGGAGUUAUUUGAACAUUAUUAUAAAACAGUUAUUUAA